AAUAAUUGUGUUCUAUGGUGUUGUGUGGCGAUAAACAUCGAUAACGAAUAGGUACACCACGCACGCUGAGCGCACGUUUAAAAGAAAAUAAAUAAAAAUAAAAAACUAAAAUUCCAAAAAUAAAAGUGUAAAGUGAAGUAAAAUUCCUGAAAGUAAAAAUAAAAAGUGAUUAAAAUUAAAAUUUGAAUUUGGAAUAGAAUUGGGAAGUGUUUUGUUUUAGUGUAACAAGAGUGGAUGGCAGUGUAGUGUAGUGUAUGUGUAUGAUGAGUGGUGGGUAUGGAUGACCCGCAGACUAUCCAUAAAACCUGCGUGAGGGUUAACUCCGCGGAUGACGACGAGUCCAGGGAUGAAGUCGACCAUGAAUUACCAAAGAAGAAUCCCUUCGUCCGGGGUUCAGACCCUCGCGUGGCGACCUGCCGUGGGCGGCUGCAGACUCGGCGCUGCCAGCUCAACCAGGAGAUCAAUAAAGAGCUUCGGCUUCGGGCCGGCGCUGAGAACUUGUUCAAGGCCACAACGAACAGAAAACUCCGUGAGACGGUGGCCCUAGAGCUGAGCUUCGUGAACUCCAACCUGCAACUCCUCAAGGAACAGCUGGCGGAGCUCAACUCUUCGGUGGAACUCUAUCAGAGCGACAGCAGUAAAGAAUGCGUGAUGCCUAUGAUCCCGUUGGGGCUCAAGGAAACGAAGGAGGUGGACUUCAGGGAGCCGUUCAAGGACUUCAUUCUGGAGCACUACAGUGAGGACGCGGCAGCUUAUGAAGAUGCUAUCUCCGACUUCAUGGAUAUGAGACAGGCGAUGCGCACCCCAGUCAGGUCGAGUGCGGGCGUCGCUCUGCUAUUCAAGUACUACAACCAGCUGUAUUUCAUUGAGCGACGGUUCUUCCCGCCAGACCGCUCGCUUGGCGUCUACUUUGAGUGGUUCGAUUCGUUAACAGGAGUCCCGUCAUGCCAGCGAACAGUGGCUUUCGAGAAAGCUUGUGUCUUGUUCAACAUAGCUGGCAUCUAUACUCAAUUAGGAGCUAAACAGGACCGCUCAACGUGUUCAGGCCUGGACGGCGGUGUGGAGGCGUGGCUCCGCGCGGCGGGAGCGCUGCGCUACGUGCUGGACAACUUCACCAACGCGCCCUCCGUCGACCUCGCCGCCGAUACGUUGCUCGUACUCGCCGCGCUUAUGACUGCGCAGGCCCGCGAGUGCCUGUUCGAGAAGCUGCAGCUGCAGGCGCGCGAGGCGUGCGCCGACCUGCGCCGCGCGCCCGACCUCUGCCUCGACCUCGCACGGGAGAGCGCACAUCUCGCGCACACAUACGGACAGCUCUACGAUAAGAUGCAAUCAGAGGGUGUGUUCAACUACGUGCCAUACUCGUGGGUCUCUUUAGUCCACGUUAAGACUGAGUUUUAUAAAGCGUUGGCGCACCAGUACUGUGCGACAGGCCUACUGAACAUGCCAGCAUCCUCUCGCUCUCCAAGCCGACUUGCAUCACUUUACGAUGCUGAUACACACCUCGAUAAUGGCUCUUCUAUAUCUCCGACGCUGAAGGACGCUGAUGUAGAUUGGAUCGCAUUAGGGCGCGCACAUCUUGCAGAAGCACUCACUUUGUACGAAGAAGCGCUCAGGCUACAAAGGAUGUGUCGUGAGUUACGCGGUAAGGAAGCAAUCUCCCUGGUAGUACGGGCACAGCUAGAACGCGCGGCGCGGGAGCGAGCUGGAGACACGCAUAACGACAAUGAUGCCAAUGACUUCACAGACCUCAUUGACGCGCCCAACGUACAACCCUCGUCGAAAUUCCAACUGGCCCUAACGCAACCAGACUUCGCUCAGCACAGAGUAGAAGAUCUAUUCAAGUCUUUGGGUCCAAUAGCCAUAUUCUCCGCCAAACGUCACUGGAGUGCCCCACGCCUCGUCCAACUGCAAAAAUAUAGAGAUGGCUCCCGACGCAUUGAAAGACCGAGAAAUGGAAACGUAGAAGACUAUGAAGAAACAAGAAACGGCAAACACAGGAGCGAGAAACGAGAUAGAUCAGAAGAUAACAGUACUUAUUACAACCAAAUAAUUAGAAGUGACGAGAAAUAUUCCAACGAAUAUGAAAAGAAGAAACUGCAUAGGGUAACAAAGCAGAAUGGAGUAUACAUAAAUAGUUACAACAAUAAUAACUAUGAAUAUCAUCCAAAAGUCUUGGACUAUGACACGCAGAACGAGUAUAAGACUAAAGACGGAAAGCUUGAAAAUGGAGUGAAAGAAUGUAAUGGUAAAGUGAAGAAUGGAAGGCGAAAGGAUCCUCUUAGAAGGGCAGCGAGUGAAUUUAACGUGUCGAAUGCGAAAAACGAAGAUGAAGGCUUUGGGUUUUCUGUGAGAGGAGACGCGCCUGUUGUUAUUGCAGGAGUUGAGCCCAACUCUUUGGCUGAAAUCGGUGGUAUGCGUGAAGGAGACUUUAUAAUAUCUAUUGGCGAUACUGAUGUGAAAUGGAGUUCUCAUGAUGAAGUGGUCAGACUGAUCCAGGAAGCAGGAGACACACUCACUAUGAAACUAGCUACACCAAUGGAUAAGAGCUCCCUUAAGGCGUCACCAGAAACUCCACGGCAGUCCAACUCGAACCAAGGCUCGGUGUCUGCAGCGUCAACAGCGUCCAGCGGCUCGACAGCAGUGACGGCGAGAUCCUCAGCGCGCCGCGCGCCAUCUUGGAACCCGUUCCGACGUCAUACCACCAGGGAAAACAGCUCUCAUCGUGGCUCUCACACCAGCAAUAUUAUCUUCAGAUAAAAGAUAUGAUUUCGCUGAAAACGCAACCCUUUUUGUUAAAACCGCCAUCUAUGAACGUUUUCUUGUAUUAUUGUUUGUAAUGUCGUCUAUUCCUAACGCCAUCUUUUGGUAGUUUUGCAAAAAAAUUAAAUCUAAAAUCGUCAAGCUAAAUAUUUGUACUUAAAACAGUAUCAAAGAAAUUACUUCUGAUUUAAGCAAUGCUGGUCAAAAAAUCGAUUUAAAAUGUGUAAUUUUUAAAAAAUGUAGAGUAUCAAGUCACAAAAUAUCAAAGGUUUAUCUUUAAUGUCAAUCAGUAACGCCAUCUAUAUUUAUUAAGUCGAAAACGAUUUUAUUAAUAAGUAAAAUAAGUUUAAAAUACCAACGCCAUCUGUUAUCAACUCUCUGUACUUACUUAGCAUGUUUGAGGAGAUUUAGUUAAGUUUUGGGCGAGGCAACAUUUGCUACUAUUAUAUUUAGGUUCCUAAAUAUAUAGUUAGGUAUGGGAACUUUAUAUCGGCUAUGAAACUCCAAAGUUAAUAAUUUUGUAUAAGUUACAACUUGGUAAAUGAAAAAUAUCUGUUCUAUUUAUGGAUUAAUAAAGUUUAUUAAGGUUUUUUUUAAAAAAAUCUAUGUUUCUAGUAUAGAUUUAUUGUCUUCUGGCAAUUCUUUAUACUUUUUACCUAUCCUUGAUUUUAUUUCCAACUUUUUUCUUGCUUCCUUGGAAGUAAUCGUAUGUUUUUUUUAUAUUUUCAUUAUUUACUAUUUAAACUUAAUAUUGAUUGACGCCUUAAACCGUUCUCCGAACUCGAAUGUCUAUGUUAUAUUGUAAAAAUAUAUAUUUCAUACUUACAUACUAUUAGAAUAUACCUACCCAUUCCCUAAAUAACUGUCACAUCUUUAUAUUGAAAAAAGACGUGCGCAGUUGUAUAAAAACGUCGACAUUUUGAACAAAACCGACUUCUUUUCUCCUUCCAAAAUCGAAUAUUUUAAACUAGGUACUCAAACUAAUGUUGAUAAGUCUUCAAUUUGAAAUUGAAAAGUGAUCAACUACGGAAUUUUGUCGACAGUCAGACCGGUUGUAUAUUCAGGGUGUUACUAGCUGGCCGGGCCCCCAACGAACACAGGGCCCCAACAGACUUGAAUUCGAACUCAAGUCGAAGUAAAUAACGAAAAAACUACAUUUCUAGUACAUGCACUUGACAUGGGCCCGUAACUUUGCCACCCGGGCCCCUUCAACCAAGUCCGUCUCUGUCGACAGUACCUACUGCCUACUGUUUACUUAAAAAAACCGGCGGCUGAUUGUAAAACCAUAAUUUAAUUAAAAUAUUAUAUUAU